AUGUUGCCCGGGCUGCCCGAUGAUAUUGCAAAGUACUGUCUUGCCCUUGUUCCGAGGUCAUAUUUUCCAAGAAUGGGAGGAGUGUCAAGGAGAUGGAGGUCUUUUAUGAAAAGAAAUAAACGAUUUGUCUUGUCUCCCAUGCCUGGCCCUGUAAAAGCUGGUUUUGGUGUUGUGGCUCUUAACGGGAAACUUGUUGUCAUGGCUGGCUAUUCCAUCAUUGAUGGUGUUGGAUCUGUGUCCUCUGAUGUAUAUCAGUAUGAUUCUUGCCUUAACAGCUGGAGCAAGAUUGCAAACAUGAAUGUGCCGCGAUAUGAUUUUGCUUGUGCUGAAGUUAAUGGUGUGAUUUAUGCGGUUGGGGGUUAUGGGAUGGAUGGAGAGUCUCUCUCAUGUGCCGAGGCUUAUAACCCUGAAACCAACAAAUGGACUGUAAUCGAGUCGAUUCGCCGCCCACGUUGGGGUUGCUUUGCUUGUGCGUUCGAGGGUAAGCUCUACGUUAUGGGCGGUCGGUCAAGCUUCACAAUCGGAAAUUCAAGGUUUGUGGAUGUGUACGAUCCGGAAAACCACAAAUGGUGGGAGAUAAAAAACGGGUGUGUGAUGGUGACGGCUCAUGCGGUGGUGGGGAAGAAGCUGUUUUGUAUGGAAUGGAAGAACCAAAGAAAACUGGCGAUAUUUAACCCGGAGGAUAACUCGUGGAAGAUGGCGUCUGUGCCUGUGAUUGGAAGCUCAAGUGUGGGAUUCCGGUUUGGAAUAAUGGAAGAAAAGUUGUUGCUUUUUUCAUUGGAAGAAGAGGAGGGAGGUUAUAACACUUUGCUGUAUGAUCCAAAAGCACCCCCUGGUUCAGAAUGGCAGACUUCAAAUAUUAAGCCCUCUGGUUUGUGCUUGUGCUGUGUCACAAUUAAGGCAUAACCACAAUUCAUCGUAUUUGAAUUUAUUUACAAUCUUUUCAUUGGUUUUAUGAAAUUAGUUAUUUGCAAGAAUACAUUAUUUUGAACGUGUGAAGGAGAAACUGUUGUAUAACUAUUUAUAUAUUUUUAUUGGGAACUGUUUCUAUAUGUUGCAAAGAUUCGGU